AUGAUAAAGUCUGGGGAAGUGGGAGGAACAACGUGCCGUAACAGCUGCGAAGCCUUCUCGUAUGCGUCACCGAUGCGGCUGCGGCUGGCUCCCUAUCGCCCCCCUGUUAUCCCCAGCGGCUGCUGGGAGGCACCACUCGACCAUCGAAUGUCAGAUCAGCGCGUCAUCCCGUCCGUGCCGCCAGCCAUCGACAAACGCCAACGUGUAUCGCUUCGCAUCGCCUCAACCAACCACAGCUUUUCUCGUCCAUUGAUAGAGAGCAUAUCACGGCUGCCUGCCUUGGGCGGACGACGCGACGGAUGGAUGCAUCGUCAUUCCAUCUGA